AUGCGGCCGAUAUUACCCCUUCUCAGCAUAUGCUUCACGCUGCUCUCGAGUGGUACUUCAAGUGGAGAUGAUAGAAGAUGGCUGGUAUCCUUAAUAGACCUGGUAGAGUUGGACUAUCAGGACCAAUGUGGGCAGCGAGCCACUGCAGCGUGGGACGAACUCACUGGAAGUAACAAAGGGUUGUCUUUAAAGUUGGAACGCGACAAGGCCUUUGGGAUCUUCUCACGCCAGCAAAAGACUGAUGUAAAAUCUGCCUUCAACUCCCACACGCUGACAGCUGAUGAUGACAUCCUGCGAAGGAGAGUUAAGCUGCUGCUGCAGCCUGGUGAUUCUCUUUUGGAAACUGAACAGUGGAUUCGGCUGGUGACAUUUGCAGACACCUCACUCAACCACAUCCGAUUCGCUCCGGAUUACGAAUGCGGCACAAAUAAUUGUACUUUAAGAGAAUUACAGAACAAUCUAGCACGAGAACAAGAUGAGCAAAUCCUCAAGCGAAUGAAAGAGUCAUGGGAGAAGAAGCUACCAGACUUCAACGAUUAUUUAGAUAACAUUCUACCAUUACUAAGGAAUGCUUCUAAAGAAAACCUGUAUGACUCUGUGGAGGAAUACUGGGACGCCCUCACAGAGUAUGAAGGCGCAACGUUGAAGGCUCGUGAGAUCUGGGAUCAUGUGAAGCCAUUAUACACGAAGCUGAACAAAUAUGUCGCUUUAAGACUGAAGGGGGCAGACGCUGUUGGGAAACCAUUGCCAAUUCAUUCACUAAGGUCCCUGACCGGGGAUGACUGGUCAAAUUUAAUUGAGAUUUUACUACCUAAACAUUCGGAUAUUUACCAGAAGGUCUAUGCCAAUUUGCAUGUUAUGGACAUGGGUGGCUUGAACGCAUACAGAGAAGCCGAGAAAGUCAUAAACCAUCUUAACUUUGGUGAAAUACCCUCAGAAAUAAUAAAUGAAUCAGACUACAACGGUACUUGCCCAUCGACAAUUGUUGACUGGUGCCAGCCAAAUAAACUGAAACUUGUUACUUGCAAGGAUGUUAGUAUAUCCAAUUACAUGGAAGCUCAUGAGAUAGCUAUGAAAUUAAAGUACAAACUGAUUGCUGCUACGCACAGUAACAAUACAUAUGCACUAAGAGAAGCCCCCAGAUACUCAGCUGUCUACGAGGCUAUUCCAGGCUUUGUUUCACUAUUAUCAAUGACUCCACAUACUCUGGACCGCGCUGGGUUAUAUUCUCUGGAAAGGUUUAACUACAAUCCAAACUACCACCGCCUUGUGCUACAGCUCAUGAUUGCUUUGCGUGAUUUACCUAGAUUGAACUUUUACAUGGCGGCAGAUGAAUGGCGUCUCCAGGUAUUGAUGGGAAAGGUUCCUUUUGCAAAAAUUGCAAGCAGCUGGAGCGAGUUCCGGAAAAAUUUCUCUCUUAUCGAGUCUUCCAAUAUUGAUAUUUUGGGAGACCCUUACGUCCUUAUGAAUAAACCACAUGUAGGAAAAUUCAUGGGGUUGAUUCUGAAGUAUCAAGUAUAUCAAUCAUUUGCUGAAGAACUGAUGUCAGAUGAUGAUGAUUUGGUAGAACAUGUUGCGGAAAAUAACCAACGACUAAUUGAUACAAUGAUGCACGGUUACGCCUUUGUCUGGACCGAAAUGGUCAGCGAUCUACUUGCUAAACGUGAAAAUGGUCUAGAGUACACAGGCCUUACAGAUUACUUCAGACUCUUAGACGAAUAUCUUGAUAACCAGUUAGAUCCAACCAGUGAAAACACUUUUGAAGAAUACAUAGAUCCACCAACAGAGGCUGAUAAUGAAAACGAAAUAGUUGAUGAAAAUAAGGAAAACAAGGAACCAGAUUAUGAAGAUAAUGAGGAUCAGCAAAAAACACAUGAUGAUAUAAAUGAAAAUAUCAUCGAAACUGAAGAUGAGUCUCAUGCAAAGUCCGGAAGCGAGGCAUCUACAGUUGGAGUGCUUGAAAUCAAGAAUCCUGUCGCAGCUUCAGAUCCGAAUGAAAACAUUAAUCCUAAGGAAGCAUCUUACAAUGUAUAUUGGUGGAUAGGCAUUGCUGUAGCGAUAGCAGUUGUUAUUGUACUCGUUGCUAUUGUAGCAAGAAAGCGCCACAAUCACAGAAAACAGUUAGAACGCCAAAGACGACAGAACUCGUCCGCCUGA